CGACCAUCGACCCACGAACCCUCCGGCCCACGGCCGACUUGUUUGUUUCUGAUCAGAGACAAUGAGGGCAUCCAAUGGCACCCUGGCCGCUCCUACCUGCCAACCACUCAUCACCUCUUCUUCCUGCCUGAAGCUUCUCUCUACAGAGUCAGUCACCAUUAUCCUGACAUCUGAGGCCCGCCUGGCUCCUUCACCAGAGCUCCGUCCCUCAGGCCCUCCUCCCUGGGUUGCCACAAGCUCUAUCCCACCCAGACGGACCCUCGCCCAGUCCUCCUGUGCCUCCUCCUCCUCCUCCACCAUCCAACAUCCACCAUGAGCUUGCUACGGGAUACCAUCAGUUCCCGACAAAGACUCUCCACUCUCUGGCCACUCCGGCUGCUUGACUCCAAAAGCCUCUGACAGACCCUUCUGACUCUCUCGUUUUGCCCCCUUCCGCCUACGAGUACAACUCCUUGGGUCCCAAGUCCCGGUCCUCAAUUUCCUCCACUCCCUUUGAGCCAGCCAUUCAUCAGCAUCAAUCAUCUUGGCCUGGAAAGUCAGCCUGUCCCUCUUUACAGGCCAGAAGGCCCCCUUCCGGCUCCUCAUCAUCCUUCUCCUUCGCUCCUUCGGCCCUGUUGUGUUGGGCCGCCCCGGUACGGUACGGUAUCGUGAUCAAGUGUUCUCCCUUCAGCCCACCGCAACCAAAUCCAUACUAAACCAGCACCGUUUCCCUCCCUCUUGCUCCAACUCAAUUCUCCUCCAUCAUCCAAGGUGAUUCUUUCGGCGUGAUUUUGCUUCAUUUCUUCAAAAUCGUCAUGUUGGCUUCCUGCAUGUGCCAACAUCCACCACCGUUCUGAUUCUUCCCAACUUGACUGCCACCAAGAUUCCCCACCUUUCUCACCGCCACUUUCCACACAACAGCGCGCACACACAUUCUCCCACACGACACACACAGUCGUUCGCCCACUCACACAACACCUCCAUCUCGGCCACGCACAUAUUGUCGACUCCAAAGUCCGCUGCAGCCAUGGCCCUGCAAUACCCACAAGAGCCAUUUUAUGUCUAUUCUCAACCUCACUGGCCUGAAAACGUCAAACCGGCCUUGACCGAGGACGAUUCUUCCUCUAUCCUCGACGAUAAAGUUCUCGAUCAUCCUACUCCCGCUGACAUGAACCCAUCCGACCCUGGUGACAGCCGUCGUCCCUCGAUGCCAAAGUUGGAGCAAGACUUUCCCGCAGCCACUAAUCUCUGGCAGGAGAGACCUUCGAGCGUCAUGACCUUACAUCGCCACUACUCUCAACCCUCCAUGCCCUUGAAUAGCCCUCAUCCUCAUCCUUUCUCACAGGUCAACCAGGUCAACUGUCCUCCGCCCAUGUUCACUCAGCCCUGGCCGCUAUUUGCUCGCUCUGAGGCGAGCACCCCUACUCCUUUCUUUGGCUCGGUACAGGACUCGUUUGAUAGUCAACCACACUACCCUGGUGGCCCUGUCAACAUUUCCACCUUUACACAGCCUGAACCUUUAUCGUCCAUCUCCAUGUCACCCCAAUCCAGUCAGGGAGGAUGGGCCUCUGCCACCUCGUCCGAUGUUGCUGAAGCUGCCCGGGGUGCGAGACAUUCUCGACUUAGAGGUGCCACCCCAACGCUAGUACUGAGGUCAGACGGCAUCAGGAAGAAGAACGCAAAGUUUGACAUCCCCAGGGAUCGGAAUCUCCUUAACAUUGACACUCUGAUCAACUCCACCACGAACGAGGAAGAAAAGAAGGAGCUCAAGCAACAGAAGCGACUGCUGAGGAACCGUCAAGCAGCUCUCGACUCGCGCCAGCGCAAGAAGAAUCAUACCGAGCGCUUGGAGAUGGACAAAAUAGAAUGGGACCAGGAGAAGCGUGACCUUUUGGCCCAGCAAGAAGCUGAACGUGAACAAUGGGCUCAUCAACAGGAGCAAUGGAUGCAUCGCGUCGCACAGCUUGAACAGAUCAUCCGCACUGUCGAGUAUGAGCGUGAUGAAGCAAUCCGCACAAAGGUCAUUGAGACAUCCGAACUCCGAAGAAUGAACAAUCUCCUCAAGGAUACUGUCAAAGACUUCACCAGGCAGAAUCAGCAGGCGUCCCGCCCCUUUGCUACUGACUCGUCUGAUUCCUUUGCCAGCGACUUCAGUGCCUUUAACGUGGAUGACAGUUGGGAUGCUUUCAGCCUCAACGAAGUUGACCGUGACCUCAAGAUGGAAGAUCCUAACCCCAAUCCCUUGCACAGGCAUACAACACCACAACCGCCUAUCUCGACCAAUUCAGAGAGCACUGUGGAUGCAUCAGACAAAGGUUCUGACGUCAAAGUCGAGACGGGAACCUUUAGCUGGAAUACCUUCAACAUGUGUCUUUUGGCUGGUGCAUUCCUCGUCGCUCAGGCAGGCACCAAAACGUCAGGCAGUUCUUCUUCAACCGCGCUGGUGAAUCCGGAUCUACCAACCCUAUCUCAAGACUACCAUGCUGAAGCGAGAAACGUUCUCAAUGCUGUAUUCGGCCCAGGUUCAGAUGUCGUUGACCAAAGCUUGCCGAGUCGGCCCGCGCCUCCCGUUGAAGCAGGCUUCAAUCAUGGUCCAAGCACGCUACAAACGGCCGGAUCCGCCUCAUCGCUUGAAACCCUCCACUCCACUUUGACCACCCCUUCUCGUCAGCAACAGGUCGCCGCAGCAUUCUCUCUGUCCGCCAACUCGUAUAACCACAUCGCCAAUCCCGACACUAUCUUUGAUGACGAUGACGAUGACGAGAAUGAUGCAGGCGAGGUUAAACCCACACGCCUGCAGCAACUCUUUGCCAGAAUUCAGGCAGAUACCGACCAUCUGGACAAGAUGAGUGGCAUGGGAAGCAAAGCCAGAGAACGAAGCGUCCUCCUUGACCGUGUUCCCGAAAAGGUACUUCGAGAUUUCAAGGAGAUGAUUGCUCGAACCAACUAAAAGGACGAUUGCUAGGCACUUGUUCCUACUGACAACACCACAAAUGAUCAUCCUCAAACCAUCCAAACUUCUCGUACAUGUCAAGAAUAACAUCCCACCGCAAUUCUCUCCAUUUCAGCACAAGACUACACGCUCCAGGGCAACAAUCUGUGGCACUUGUGCCCGUCCAGUUGGGAUGACUCCUCCCUUACCAUUACAAUGCAUUCCCCAAAGGGACUGCCAAAUUUACGAAUGAAACGACUUUUCUUUUGACGGCCAAGAUUUUUCCUCACAUGGGUGUUCUGGAAUCUACAUUCUCAUCUUUAUAUAGCAAAAUGAAUAUACGACGACAGCAGGCGACGCAAGGGCGAGGGCGACGAUGAGCCGAGGCGUGUCGCAUGAUUUUCGGAGACACGCAGAUGCUCCAAAUUGUGGUUGUAUCAAGGUCAUGACGUGGGCGUCGGAACUUUGCCACCCUACGGAGUUGGGAAAUUCAAGACUGCCAGAGACGAAGGAUGCGAAGUAACAAUCUGAUCGGCAACGAUACGAUGAUGCACGAGUCUUGCUUCUAAUGUGAAUCAAGGUACAGUAAAGCCAAGGCGUGAACAGAAUGCUGGGCUCGGAGAGAAGCGGGCUCCCUGCUGGACCAACUUUGAAAUUGAUUGGGCCAAACAAUCAAGGCAAUGAAUGAAAUGAAUGACAUGAAAUAAAAUCAACGAAUCCAAGAAUGAUGAUUAACGACAAGUGUGGAUCUUGGUAGUAGAAAUCACGAAGCAUUACGGUCAGGGGAGUUCUCCUGAGGGGAGAAGCCUGACUGGCGCAUGAAAGGAGCAUGCGAGGAUCUAACUAGUUUGUGGGAUGAUCGGGGAUGCGGUCAGGGGACGAUGGAGAGAGCGCAAGCAGGGCAUCAUGGGGACGGUGCAAAGCGUGGUCAUGAGCUUACGAGGACACAUCUAUUUAGCCAAGAAAUGAAGCAUGGAAGCAUGACGCCGAAUUAAUGGGAUGAAACUGAUGGGUCUAUCCCUCAC